UCGUGCGUCCUUGUUGUAGCUACUGCAUCCACUCCCCCGUCCUUGGACUACUCGCCACCCUCGGCACAGAUCUCACAGGAAAGAGAGGAGAGAAGAAGCCGUGAAGAUGGCGAGCCCCCAGUGCUGCGCCAACCCGCCGACUCUAAGCCCUGCCUGUGGCGACGGCAUCGUCGUCGACGACCUCGGCGGCGUCAGGGCGUACACCGCCGGCUCCCCUAACUCCAAGAUCGCUGUUCUCCUCAUCUCCGACGUAUACGGAUUCGAAGCGCCGAAUUUGAGGAAAAUUGCAGAUAAAAUUGCCACCUCAGGUUUCUUUGUUGUGGUACCAGAUCUCUUAUAUGACGAUCCCUAUUCAGCUGAUAAUCCUGAGAGGCCUAUUUCGAUUUGGAUACAGUCUCAUUCCCCGGACAAAGGCUGUCAAGAUGCAAAACCAAUUAUUGCAGCUCUAAAGAACAAAGGCAUAUCUGCAGUUGGGGCCGCUGGCUUCUGCUGGGGAGGCAAAGUUGUCUUCGAAUUAGCAAAGUCCAGUGAGAUUGAAGCUGCUGUCCUUUGCCAUCCUUCUUUUGUAAAUGUUGAUGAUGUGAAGGGUAUUCCCUCCUUUAAGAAUUGGUCAAACUCAUGCUUUCUUAACAUGUUUUUAUUGUUGAGAGUUGAGACGAUCUGUUUUCACCAUUUACCAGGUGUUAAAUGUCCUAUUUCAAUACUUGGGGCUGAGAAUGAUCAUAUUUCUCCGCCUGAACUGUUGAAGCAGUUUGAGCGGGCUUUAUCUUUAACAUCUGAGGAAAGACACAUUGUAAAGAUAUUUCCUGGGGUUGCUCAUGGAUGGACUGUCAGACACAAAGCCGAUGAUGCUGCAGCUGUUAAGCGCGCCCAAGAGGCACAUCAGGACAUGCUGAACUGGUUUAUCCAACACGUCAAGAAAGAACAUGUGAACUAAAAUACUUCUUAUUCACUCAAUGGUCUCGUCGGACUGUCUAUUAAGAUGUAAUUCAGACCUUGUGUUGAAACUUAUGGUUGUUGCUUUGGAAGAUGGAUGUUCUUCCUGACUCGUUGAAACUACUAGUAAUUCUAAAGAUUUGGUUUUAAUUACUA